CACGAGGCUGCAGAGAUGGCGUACCGCGGACAGGGGCAGAAAGUGCAGAAAGUGAUGGUGCAGCCCAUCAAUUUGAUCUUCAGGUAUCUACAAAAUAGAUCACGGGUUCAAGUGUGGUUGUAUGAGCAAGUCAAUAUGCGUAUUGAAGGCUGCAUCAUUGGCUUUGAUGAGUACAUGAAUAUAGUGCUGGAUGAUGCAGAAGAAAUCCAUCUCAAAACAAAGUCAAGAAAACAGCUCGGGCGUAUCAUGUUGAAAGGCGAUAACAUCACUUUGCUACAGAGUGUCAUGAAUUAAUCUGUUCCCGACCGCUGUUCCCAAACAUCUGCAUCUGUGAAGGAAUUUAUCAGUACUCCCCCCGUUUAUGGACUUGUGGACUAUUCUGUAGAUUUGUAGCUAUGUCCUAAUGCCUGCAUGGAUUACGCUGAAACUUUUUUUUUUAUAUAUAUAUUUUUUAAAAUCAUCUGAGUAUAAUUUCAGGUGUUGAAGGCAAUUGCAUAGAAACUGAUGUCACUGCAAGGAUUAUUCGGUUGUGUACAAAAUGUUAAAACUUUUUUUUCCCCCCAAAGAGAGUAACUUUUUGAUACUGAAUUCAAAUAAAUCAAAUGUUUUUAAAUGGUUUUGUGGUUAAAUAAUCUUAAACAAAAUGUACAA